AUGACAGCCAGACCCCCCCCCCAGGGGAGUCUUCAGCAGAUCCAGUCGGUGCUCAACUCCACAGAGGUUGGCCUACACCAGCUUACGGCCCUGGUGGACUGCCGCAGCCUGCACAUGGAUUAUGUGCAAGCUCUGACGGGGCUGUGCUAUGACGGCGUGGAGGGCAUCAUCUACCUGUUGCUCUUUUCCUUCGUCACGGCGCUCAUGUUCUCCUCCAUUGUGUGCAGCGUGCCACAUACCUGGCCCCCCAAGAGAUCGGAGGACGACGGGGAGGAGGAGGGUGCCGCGCGCGCCGACGGAGUACACGAUAACCUGUACCGUGUUCACAUGCCCAGCCUCUACAGCUGCGGCUCCAGCUACGGUAGUGAGGCUAGUCUGCCUGCCACGGCCCACACUGUCAGCAAUGCCCCCGUCACAGAGUACAUGAGCCAGAACGCUAACUUUCAGAACCCUCGGUGUGAGAACACCCCCUUGAUUGGCAGGGAGUCCCCUCCACCCUCUUACACGUCCAGCAUGAGGGCCAAAUACAUGGCCACCAACCGGCCCGAGCAGAACCGCCGCUCUGUACCCAAUGAGCAGCUGGACGUCUCGAGCCGGCCCCACCCCAGCAUCCGGCCCCAGUCAUCGGUGCACUGA